AUGACCAUUGGAUGGAGUUCGCCUCUGCAGACGGGGGAAAUGAGCAAGGUGCAUCAGUAUGGAGGGAUCAAUCCUACUGCUACUGGUACCAUUGCAACUACGGGGAGUGAGAAGGAUGGACGAGGAUUAGCAGCAAUUGUUCGGGAAGCGGGUUUCUCGGACGUGCGUGAGGAAGAUCUAACGGCAAACGCGCGUCCAAUGCUUCGGUUUCUUGUGAUUUGUCUGUUUGUGUCACAGGGUUGA